AUGCACGCCACGUCCGUUGUGAGCUCUCUUGUCUGGUUGGCAGCCGCCGCCGCCGCGUCUCCCCUGCAGUCCCGACAAGGAGUCACAUCCAAUGGCACAAACGUUGUGUCAGCUCUCUGGGAUGGCACUUGCUUUUACCCCAAGUCUGUCUCAACUUUUGACCUGGCGUCUUACCUGGGCACGUGGUAUCAAGUCGCAGGCUAUGAAGCCAUCUUCACUGCCGGCUGCAAGUGCAUCACAGCAGACUACACCCUCAACGACGAUGGGACAGUUGGUGUGAAAAACCAGUGCCAGGCAUUGGGCCUGCCAAUCACCAUCACGGGCUCGGCAACUCCUGUCGACGCCGUUUAUGGCGAGGCUGGUGCGUUCGAGGUCACCUUCUUCAACGCCAGCAAUACCUGCCCAGGACCAAACUAUAUUGUACAAGAAUAUGUUGUGGACGACUAUGCUAUUGUGCAGUCGCCGGAUUUCGCGACGCUGUUCGUCCUGAGCCGUGAGCAGAAUGUCACUGAGUCCAAACUCGAUGCUCUUAUCACACGUGCGGUUGAGCUUGGCUCCAAGAGAUCGCUCAUCGAGAUCAAUGACCAGUCGGGCUGCCUCUAUACAUGA